AUGAAGCUGUCAGGAGUCACACCCUGCAUGCUCUUGACAGCGGGCUGCCAGGCCGCCUAUGUGCAGUUUCUCGACUGCACUGACAGAGCAAAUGAAACCUCGCUCAUUCCGGAGAGCUUUCGUGCGGCGGUUGUGCCCAGAGCGGAUGCUUUUGACUGGCGGUUUGAUGUUCUUGUUGGGCAGGUUGGGCGGAAUGCCUGCGAGGUCGACUCUGCGGAUUUCCUACCCCGGUUCACGAUCGUGGAUUAUAGCCACGACUCUGAGCAGGUCUCGGGGCGGAUCGUUAAUGUGUCCUGCUACACUAAUGAGAGAUUUGGCUCGAGGGCUAAGUUCACCAUCGCGUCUACAUUCAACCGCUCAGCUUUACUCGAUACGUUCAGAACAACCCUCGAAUUCACAUCAAAAGAUAACACCACAUUCUCCUGCGUCAGAGCGAUUCUAACACCAGCCGCUCCCAAGAUAAUACGCCUUCUCAGUCUAUGGCUGCCCAUCACUACGUUUGCCUUGGCCUCUAUCGCAGCAUGCUGGCCAGCCAAGUCCACUCAUUCAGAAAACACACGCAUCGCACGGCCUAUCGAUCUUGUCGCUUACAUACAGUUUAUCUUCUUCUCAGGCGCGUUCAGCCUCCAGUACCCUGGUUUCUUCCAACCUCUCGUCGGUCUCUGUAGCUGGUCUACUCUGAUGCUGCCAGCGGGAGUGGUAGCAGCGACAUCUCCUUAUGCGCGAGCCGGUGUGCAAGAUGGUAUUUACGAACACAAUGGGACUAUCACUGGCGCUCCAGGCUUGGAGUUGCUAACGCAGAUGACUGGAUCGCCGGUCAAGCGUCAGAGCUGGAUGAACACACUUGUUCUAUCCCUUCUGGUCUUUUUCUUUCUGUACAUCGCUGCAUAUAUCAGCAACCGCCUCACCCAUGCCGGCAAAGAUAUUGAGUUCAGAUUUGCGACUCUGGCCUCCCAGUUGAAGAACCAGUACUGGGUUGUGGUGAAGAUCUUCCUCAGCUGUUUCAUGCUACCACUCAGCGCGUGGGCAACCUACCAAUUCCACGAAGGCUAUGUAUUCGGCUAUCAGACGUCAAUAAUGGCAAUGCUUGUCUUGAUUUUGCUUUUGGCAAGCUUCUGGUGGAGCUGGUCGCUAGACUCCGAGAUGGGAUCUCUCAUUAUCCAGAGACCAAAUCGCCUGGAUGCACACCAAAAGGGCGGGCGUCAAUAUUACGCAUUGGUGCUGUUUUCACUUAUGCUUCUUCGCGGAAGUAUCAUCGGAGGCUUGCAGACCUAUACCUCUGUGCAGCUUGGUAUUCUUCUCGGGUGCGAGGUGAUCCAAAUUGUAUCAAUGUCAUAUUGGGCUGGGUUCUCCUGCUUUAUGUCUCUUACUGGCACUCUAUCUGUCUCAAGACUUGCCUUGUUCUCGUUGAAUAUUGGCUUCCUCCCCGGCGUGGCAGACCACUCAGGCAGAAUGCUCGUAGCGUACAUCAUUCUCUGCGGUCAUUUUGUGAUUCUGGUUUGCAUCUUUCUUCUUCCCACCACCUUCAACCUUAUCAAGCUCGGGCACCGAAGUUACCACAUCAAAUCUCCAGACGUCGACAAGGAAGGCUCAAUGCCGGCUGGUCAAUCUUUUCAGCUGUUUGGGUUGUCUUUGGCUCAACACCAGAAGACUGUCAGAUCCCUGCCACCCGACCCUGGUUUCGCUUUCAAACAAUCCUCCCAUAUUAAACCAGAUCCAGAGAAGCUCUUGCUAGAAAUGAUCAUGGAACGAGAGGCCGGUGUCUUCUCACAGGAAACAGUUGAUACCAUAGCACCUGAAGUCCUCUCUGGGAUUUUGAAAGAAGUACAAGGAGAAUUAGAUGCAAUCGACGUUUGCAAAGACCCAACAGUUUUCACCGAUUCAUCCAGCACACUCGUUGAUUCAAAAGAGCCCAGUUUCAACAUUAAAACAAUUACAGAAAUAUCGUUCAACGACCUAGCUGCGCAUCUCUUAUCUGAAGAAAAUCUGGCUAUUCGGAGCAAACCUUUACACCACGAUCUGGACCGUCCGAUCAACGAAUACUUCAUAUCCAGCUCCCACAACACAUAUCUCCUCGGCCGACAAGUUGCCACUCGUUCCAAGCUUGAGGGCUAUGUCACGACACUCUCCAAAGCAUGUCGGUCUGUGGAGGUGGACUGCUGGGAUGGAAGAGAUGGGCAACCCGUUGUCAAGCAUGGGUAUAGUUUGACCAAGUCCAUCAGUUUUCGGUCUGUUAUCGCAACUAUUAAUGAGCACGCCUUUGCUGCAUCCGAGUUGCCUUUGUGGUUGUCAUUGGAGGUACAUUGCAGUCCACCUCAACGAGACAUCAUGGCUCGCGUCAUGUUGGAGAUAUUUGGAUCCACCCUGGUUACAGAGCCGUUGCCUGGUGUUUCGCAGGCGCUUCCUUCACCAAAUCAACUGAGAGGCAAGAUCUUACUCAAAGUCAAGUUUGCACCAACUGUGGAUAUUCAAGAUACCACUCGAGAUCUCCUGCAAGACUUGGCUGUCUACGGCGCAGGAAAAAGACUUCCUCGUGAUAGAGCAUUUGACACUAACCGCAACUUCAUCUACUCAGUUUCUGAGACAAAUCUCAAGAAGCACAUGGCCAAUGAGCAACCGCUUGUACUGGCAGAUACCAACCAUAUGAUUCGCGUAUACCCAGAUCCAAAUCGUGUCGACUCAUCCAACUUUGACCCCCUCAAGUGCUGGGGACAUGGUCUUCAGAUGGUGGCCUUGAACUACCAGACAAAUGACUUUCACAUGAGCUUGAAUCAGGCAUUGUUUCACGGAAGUGGUGGAUACGUACUCAAGUCUCAGCCAGAACCGAAGCAGAUUCGUAUGCAAAUUGAUGUUCUCAUGGUACGAGGGUCGUCUGAACUGGAUCCAACCUAUGUUGAGAUGGAGCUUCUUGCACCCGAUACGUUGAGCCCGAGAGUGCGUACCGCGACCAAGUCAGCUCAGGGCACCAAUAUUAUGUUUGACCAGAACCUGAAUGUCUCUAUUGAGACGAAACACCCUAGCCUGACGUUCUUACAGUGGUCAGCGAAGACUGUCUCGGGUGUUCAAAUGAGUUCAGGUUUAGCAAAGGUUGGUAACCUGAGGAAGGGCUAUCGGCUGUUACCCCUAAGAGGCAAAUCACGAAGCGAUAUGAAAGAUGCAGAACUGUUUUGUAAAAUCAAUUUAGAAGCGAUGUAG